GGUGCAUGCGAUCAACACCAAGCUUGGGGCAUCUGCCUGCGCCAUUCCUCCCACUUUCUGCUGCCUAACUUUUUACUGCCUUUGGCCCGGGUGAUUCGCCCCUCAGCGAGUCAUCUUUGGGCGAAGCAGCCUUCUGCCCCGACACCCACACCACCCCGACUACGCAGCAACAAACAUGGGCGAGGAGUCGAGCAGCGGUGGCACGGGCGCCAGGUUCGGACACUGGGUGAUAGUACUCACUGGGGUCGCAGCUCUCAUCGCUACCCUCCUGACCGUUGUGUCCGUAUGGCUACAGGCGAAAAACUACCGGAAACCCCUCUUGCAGCGAUAUGUAGUGCGCAUACUGUUGAUGGUUCCCAUCUACUCGGGUGCAUCAUGGGCGAGUUUGGUGUCACUCAAGGCCGCUUUCUGGAUUGAUCCUUUCCGCGAUGUCUACGAGGCCUUCACCAUCUAUACCUUCUUUCAACUUCUCAUCAACUUCAUCGGGGGCGAACGCUCCCUGAUCAUCCUGAUGCACGGCCGUCCUCCUGUUUCGCAUCUGUGGCCCCUCAACUACUUCCUCCCCAAGGUGGAUAUAUCCGACCCUCAUACGUUCCUCGCCAUCAAGCGUGGUAUUUUGCAGUACACAUGGGUUAAGCCGCUCCUGGCCCUCGCUACCAUAGCGAUGAAGGCCACCGGUACAUACCAGGAGGGUUAUAUUGGUCUCACCUCCGGUUAUUUCUGGAGUGGCCUCAUCUACAACGUGAGUAUUACGGUAAGUCUGUAUGCUUUGGCUAUGUUCUGGGUAUGCAUGGCCCACGAUCUCAAGCCUUUCCGGCCAAUGCCCAAGUUCUUGUGUAUCAAGGGCAUUAUCUUUGCAUCGUAUUGGCAGGGUUUCUUCCUUUCUAUCUUGGUCUGGCUCGGUGCGCUACCCGACGAUGUUCCUGGGUAUACGCCGGAUAACCUGGCUGCAUCGAUUCAAGAUGCUCUCAUUUGUUUUGAGAUGCCCGCGUUUGCCAUUGCGCACUGGUACGCGUUCUCAUGGCACGACUAUGCCGAUAUCACCAUCUCGGCUGCGCGGAUGCCUGUUAAGUUUGCUCUCCGGGAUGCCUUCGGGCCGCGUGACCUUAUCGAAGACACCAAAGAGACCUUUAUUGGGUCGAAGUACGAAUACCGCUACUUUGAUGCGCAUGACAACGUUCUGGCCCAUGAGGAGUCGGCUUCGCGCGCUGCACGGAUGAUGGAAGGUAUGCGAUAUGAAAGAGGUGGCAAAGGCAAAUACUGGAUACCCAAGCCUGGCCAGCAUGAUGUGAGGACGCCUCUGCUCAACAAGUUUACGUCCAGCCGGGCAAGAGCUAUGAGUCCAGGCGCACAUAAGGCGAUUGAGUCUGCAACCAAGUAUGGCGCAUCUCGGGACAUUGAGCCCGCGGAACUAGACCCAGAAGAUGAAAGACUUUUCACCAAUGCUAGGGCUCUCGAAUUUGGUGAUUGGAAUUAUCCAGUCAUUACGGCGCACCAUGCGUCACGAGAAGACCGCCUCUACCGCAAUCCCACCAUGAUCACAGCUUCGACAAACCGGAACCUUAUACAGCCUACUAAAGACCAAAAGCGGAGACGUAAAAGCAGAAUACAUGAAAUCCAGCAGUCCGCCGACAAGGGCAAGCAUCGCAGCGGUUCCGGCAGCAGCAGCGGAGAGCCCUCAAAGUCUAAGUCUAAGUCUCGCACGUCAGUUGUCAAAAACCUGAUUCGACACGAGUCCUCGUCUUCGACUGGUUCGACGAAAUCGCACAGCAGCCAACUUGUCGAUUUGGUUGUGGAAGACCAUGAGGCCGAAGAUAUUGAACGUGUCCGUGCUCGGAAGGAGGGUGGGCCGGGCUGGAAUGAAGCUGAGCCGAAGCAUUAUGUGCGCACAUUCCCUGAGGGUGACGAGGAAGAAGUAGUCCGCGAAGGCUUCGACCCAGAUAAGCCUGCGUCGCAAAUGCCUGAGUCAGCGCACAACCUCGAUGCACCGCUCACGGUUGAUGAGAAUGAAGAGGAUGGAGGGGCUGUGGGGGAUGAAAGACCGAUUGAGUCAGAAGAGGCAAGCCAGUGGCAGACGCGCGAUUACGGUGCCAACAGCGGCAAGUGGGAUCGGCGCAUGCAGUACGGUAGCUUCCGGGAGGAGCGUGACAUUUGGGGACAGGAUGACGAAUGAUGAACAAAGACGAAGGAAAUUGAUAAAGGCUUAGACAGUGGGCGAAGGACAUGUUGUUUUCGUUUGGACUGGGUUGCACGGGAGUCUUUCGUGCAUAGCAUGGCGUUGGUGGUUAGUCGGCGAUAGCGCAAUACCCUUUAGACUCCAGCAAGCCAACAGGGCCGUGUUAGCAAUGUGACGACUAGCG